AUGGCUGAUUUACAAGGUCGCAAGGUCUUCAAGGUUUUCAACCAGGACUUUAUCGUGAACGAACAAUACACUGUGACGAAGGAGCUUGGUCAGGGUGCUUACGGUGUCGUGUGCGCGGCUACCAACAACCAGAACGGCGAGGGCGUUGCCAUCAAGAAGGUGACCAAUGUCUUCAGCAAGAAGAUUUUGGCCAAGCGUGCCCUCCGAGAGAUCAAGCUGCUUCAGCAUUUCCGCGGUCAUCGCAAUAUCACAUGCCUUUACGAUAUGGAUAUUCCCCGACCGGACAACUUCAAUGAGACUUAUCUCUAUGAGGAGUUGAUGGAAUGUGACUUGGCUGCCAUCGUCCGCUCCGGUCAACCGUUGACCGAUGCCCACUUCCAGUCUUUCAUCUACCAGAUCCUUUGUGGUCUCAAGUACAUCCACUCGGCGAACGUGCUGCACCGCGAUUUGAAACCCGGCAACCUGCUGGUCAACGCCGACUGCGAGCUUAAGAUCUGUGACUUUGGUUUGGCCCGUGGUUUCUCUAUCGAUCCAGAGGAGAACGCAGGAUACAUGACAGAGUACGUUGCAACAAGAUGGUACCGUGCGCCUGAGAUCAUGUUGAGCUUCCAAAGCUACACCAAAGCAAUUGACGUCUGGUCCGUCGGUUGUAUCCUCGCCGAACUCCUUGGCGGCAGACCCUUCUUCAAGGGUCGCGAUUAUGUCGACCAGCUGAACCAAAUCCUGCACUAUCUGGGCACACCGAACGAAGAAACCCUGGCGCGUAUUGGUUCCCCCCGCGCACAGGAAUAUGUGCGCAACCUGCCUUUCAUGCCCAAGGUGCCCUUCAAGCAGCUGUUCCCGCAGGCCAACCCCGACGCGCUAGACCUGAUGGACCGUAUGCUGGCGUUUGACCCGUCGUCACGUAUCUCCGUCGAGGAGGCCCUCGAGCACCCCUACCUGCACAUCUGGCACGACGCCUCAGACGAGCCGAACUGCCCCACCACCUUCGAUUUCCACUUUGAGGUUGUCGACGAUGUCCCCACCAUGCGUGCCAUGAUCCUCGAGGAGGUCAAGAACUUCCGUGCCACCGUCCGCCAGCAAUCCCAAGCCCAUGCUACCCAGCAGCCGCAAGUUCCCAUCCCGGAUAACCAGCAGGGCCCUUGGAAGACUGAAGAUCCCAGACCUCAGGAGGCUACCGCUGGCGGUAGCUAUGCCAAUGACUUGGAAUCAUCGUUGCAGCGCGGCAUGGACGUGCACCGUUGA